AACGCAACACAGGACUGCCCUUGCUUUGUCUCCUGCUCUUCUGCCCCCAACACACUCUCAUAUCCUACUUCUCGCUCCCUCUUUCAUCGUCAAUCCUAAAACGUCGUUCACGCCGCCGCCGCCGCCGCUGCUGCUGCGAUGACAGCUCUCCUCUCCUCACCAAUGGGACCCCCGAUGCGAUUCGACAUCUUCGACCAGCAGCCCAGCUCGCCGACGCUGCGUCACGAUGACCUGCCCGCCGAGUUUGGAGAUCGAUCUUUUGGGUCCAGCAUGUCGCUGGGCUCAUCGUUCGAGCUCCCAUCAGCGCAGUCUGGCCAUAUGCCUUCGUCCUCAUCGUCAUCGAGGAACAUCCUACCCAAGUCAGACUCGGGCCAUACAAUCAAUGCUGCACUGGGUCCCUCGACAUCAGCAUCCUUCUCUUCCUCUACAUCCUCGUCACACUCGUCGCCAUCACCACCGCGCAGAGUGCCAUUGGGCAGCGCAAAGCGGUCCUCUCCCACAUCAAGCCGACGUCUGGGCGAGGCCAUGGGUACCGAGCUCAAUGGCAAGUCGCCUGGUCUCGCAGCAAAGCUCAGCUCACCCCAUUACAUGGACAUCUCGCCUGCUCCUCGUCAGCCCCUGGCCUCUUCGUCCUCGCCCAUGCUCCCACCAGGCAGCGCGAUGAAGGAGGACACGCCCGUUGUGCCCGCAGCAAGACGCAGAGUCAGCAGCAGACCCAAUAGCCGUCCAAGCUCGCGAGCAGGCAGUAGCAGUCGCUCCAGUCGCAGCGUCAGUCGCAGCGCGAGCCCGGCCGAUGUAGAGCCAACAAAGAAGGGGCAGCAAGCAUCGCAGCAAGGAGGGUCGCUGGGUAGGCUCUUUGGCACUUGCCUCUCGGUCAAUGCCGCACGCGAUGGCGACGACAGCUUUGGCAGCGGCAUCGACGCGGACAACAGCUUCGAGGCUCUCGCUCCUGCUUCAAAGCGCAGGCCAACGUCGCUGCCCAUGGGACAGGGCAAAGUACCCGUCAGACCCAGCCUGCGCAGUGCCGGUAUGCGAACCAACUCGUCCUCGCUCACGACUUCGUUUGGGACCGACAGCAACGAUGCGCCGCGCCGUCGCUCCAGCCACGACGUACUGCCUUCUCUGCACAUCAAGGGCAACCGCUCGUCGGCACCUUCGCUCACGAGCGCAGUCAUGUCAUCCAACCGCCAAUCUUCUGAGCCCGAGUCCUCCUCCUCCUUUGAGGCAAGAUGCAGAGAGAGGGCGGACCAAAUGGGACUCGGCGCCAUUGCGUCCCACAAUACCAUUCUCGAGUCGCCCUCGCCGGGCACCUUUGAGAGGCAAGAUUUGGGCAGCUACUUCUUCGACCCUCAGUCCCCCGAGCACAGCUUUGUCGCGCCGGCGCAUCCCAAGCUGGGAUCCGCAGCCAAUGUGGCAUCCUCGUCGAAGCCCAGCCUGCUCCCCUUGCGACCUCGCACUCUGCAAAAGGCGCACACCGAUGCUAUCCUCGCCCCAUCCGCCACGUUGGGACCCUUUUCGAAGCGCAAAGUAGCUGACCGCCAGCAAGCCCCCGCAGCUGGCCGUCCGGGGCUCAAGGCUGCUAACAAGAGCGCGCCAGUUGUCACCGAGACAUCUCAGAGGCAGACUGCACCUGCGCCUCGUCGCGCCAUCUCGAGCUACGAUCACAGCGCCGCAAUGCUCCUCCCGCCCUCCCGCUCCCGAGAGGGCAUGCUCGGCGGCUACCCCGACGACUUCGACGCCAAUGGCUCACCCAUCGCUCCCGCCAGCAAGAGGCCUAGUCUGCUUCGCCGAACGAGCAAAGACGACACCUCCCCGCUGCCCUACGGUACGCGUCGCCAAGCUGCUGCAAACCACGCAUCCGGCCUCUCGACCGUAGACGACGAGUUCCAAGACCCAUCCGCCUCGUCCUCGUUCGGUGCAGAGUGCAUGCCUGGAUUCGGCGCUUCUGAGCGCAGCGGAAAGGUUCUGCCCUGCUUCAACGUCAAGGAGGACGGGCUGAUGCGCAUCAAACCCGAGACACUCGUUGACCUCCUCGGCGGCAAAUACGAGGGGCAGAUGGCCAGCUGCCAGAUCAUCGAUUGUCGAUUUGGCUACGAGUAUGACGGUGGACACAUCCCGGGCGCCAUCAAUCUCUCUACCGUCGACAGGGUUAAGGAGCACUUUCUCUCACCAACAGGCCCCGUAGCCAAGCAGGGCAACCUCCCCUCGCGCUCUCAAUCUGGCCAGCCCGACGCGCAUGGCAACACGCUGAAGAAGGUGCUGGUCUUCCACUGCGAGUUCAGCGCCAAGCGCGCACCCUCCAUGGCCCUCGCCCUGCGUCAGGCGGACCGCAGCUUGGCGCAAGACUACCCGAAUUGCCACUACCCUGAGAUCUACAUCUUGCAGGGAGGGUACAGCGGCUUCUUUGAGCGAUUUGCGCACGUCUGCCAGCCCAGCGCGUACGUGAAGAUGGACGAUCCGACCUACCAAGAUCGCAGGUCUGCUGAGCUCAAUGGAUUCCGCAAGCAGUUCAGCCGCCAUCGCUCCUUUACGUACGGAGAUACGACUCGUGGGCAAGGGCGUGGGGGCCCCGCGUACGGGAAUACCGCUGUGCCGAUGGUGGACCCGCGCCCCAAGCCUGCGACGCGCACGCUGAGCAGUAUGAUCUGUGAGCAACAGGAGGAGAGCUCGUUUGAGCAGGAGAGUAGCCCGAGCAACUUUGCUGCUGUCAAGAAGCAUCUCCGCGCGGGCAGUGGUGGGCACGACGAGGAGGAGGAAACGGAGCCUACCCCGCCCUCGCUUUUGACGGCUUCAUCCAGCAUGGGCGACGCGAGCUUCGACUCGAUGGACAGCUGUCCCGGCGGUGGGUUGCUAGGCGACUCAGGUGUGGGCGUUAACAUGAGCCCUUGCGCUGUCGUUUCUGCUGGGUCGAGGCGGGCUGCUCUCGGCGCUGACACUAGCAGCAAGCCAGCUUCCUUGCCUCUCGCUCCGGCGCGUAGGCCCUUUGCAAGGGCCGGGACCACGGGACGCUUCAACUCGCUGGGAGGAAGGGCAGCGUAGGUCAAGCACCAAGCACUCAGCACGCGAGAUCACCCACCAUCCUGGUCUCGACCCGGCACAUCACACUUUUUAUACCAAGUUGCCCCACGCAAUCACCUCCUUGCUACCCAUUCAGCUGCUCACCAACCGCGAACCUGCUGUGCACCUGCACCCGCACCUGCACCUGCCCAUGCUCACCCAAAUGCUUCUGUAGUCCCCUCAACAUCCUCUGUAUCAGCCCGGUCGACGUGCACAGCUGGUUGCACC